CCGCUGCUAUCGUAUGCUUUCCUCAAGCCGAUAAAAGCCCAUACUUCAAAACACUUUGGAAGGUCUAUAUUCGUCUCACGAACUCACAUACAACCCAAACCUUGUUAUAGGUCAUCUACCUUAGCGGUAGAGCGUCAGUCGGAGGGCAUUCACUCUUUAGAACAAUAAAAGCAGGCACAACUAUACACAUGGAUGACGGAGAACGUUGUGACUCUGAAGCAUCCUCUUCAUUACAUGAUGCUGAUUCUUCCAUACUUACUGAGUCUGCAGUCUGCAAUUCUUCCGCAUCUACGUCUAGCAAUUCUCGUGUGGGUGAUUAUGCAAAUUUUGAAUCACCCGGUGAGGAGAAUGUUUCUCUCCAACAAGAUCCGGGUUUAGACCGGCAGCAAUUGGAGGGCACUCAGAUUAUAGCAAAAGGGAUUGCUUCUGUGGUGGGUCCAGUUAUAAGAGAUUUCGACUCCAGGGCAGAAGGAGCUCUCAAGAGCCAGGGUGUUCUCAAAAGCAGCAUUGACCGCCUCACUAGAGAACUGGAUACACUGUUGGAAGAUGCACCCUUACCUUUUAUUACCCAGCAUGCAACCAAGCUUUCAGGUGUACGUAAGAGAGUUUCAUCUUUGAGUUCAACUUUGCAAACUAUACAAAAGCGCAUUGACAACAUUGAGCGAAUGCUAUUCAGGCAAGGACUUGAGAAUGGUGCAAGUUCAUGGAAGGGCAAUCUGACAAUGCCUCAUAACAGUAGUCAACAUGUUGAACACAAAGAUGUGGAUGCGGGGCAAACAUAAGUAAUGCAAUCAAUCUUUUGAUACAUGCGCAUAUGUAAUGAUUUCAUAGCUUCUGGAACGAAUACUUCAGAUGUCGACUUUAGAUUUCAGGGCUUACAAGAUGCCCCAGAACAUCCGAGAUUCUCUAUUUAUUGACUAUUGUUUCUUUAUUCCUGAAUUUAUGUAAUUUAAGCAUGGGCAGGAUGCAUCCUAUCUGGAUGGUUGUCCCCCGUGUAACUAACUUGAGAAUGAGUUGGGUGUUAUCAGCAUCUUGGUGAAGCUCCCAUAAUAACAAACUUAAUGAAGAUGUAAACAAUGAUCAUCCUUUAAUGAAUUAUAGUUUUAUUGAAAUUUCAA